AGGGAAGCCAUCAGCCGCAUCUGCGAAGCCGCCCCUGGUGCCAAGGGAGCCUUCAAGAAGAGAAAGCCUCCCAGCAAAAUGCUGUCCAGCAUCUUGGGCAAGAGCAACCUCCAGUUUGCGGGCAUGAACAUCUCCCUGACCAUAUCCACAGCCAGCCUAAACCUGCGCACGCCAGACUCCAAACAGAUUAUAGCAAAUCACCACAUGCAAUCCAUAUCCUUCGCCUCGGGGGGAGACCCGGACACAACAGACUAUGUUGCAUAUGUAGCCAAGGACCCUGUUAAUCGCAGAGCUUGUCACAUUCUGGAAUGCUGUGAUGGGUUGGCCCAGGACGUCAUUGGCUCCAUCGGGCAAGCCUUCGAGCUCCGGUUUAAGCAAUACCUGCAGUGUCCUUCCAAGAUUCCUGCUCUCCAUGACCGAAUGCAGAGUCUGGACGAGCCGUGGACAGAAGAGGAGGGAGAGGCCUCGGAUCGCCCAUAUUAUAACAGCAUUCCAAGUAAGACACCCCCUCCAGGGGGGUUUGUGGAUGCCCGACUGAAAGCCAGACCCCAGGCUCCUGACACAGCCCAGUUUGCAGGAAAAGAGCAAACUUACUACCAGGGACGACACUUCGGAGACCCGUUUGGUGAAGACUGGCAGCAAACACCUGUCAGGCAAGGGUCCUUGGACAUCUACAGCAUGCCAGAGGGGAAAGCACAAGUGGUCCCCACAGGAGAAGCCCCCACCUAUGUCAACACCCAGCACCUCCCUCUGCAGGCCGGGAUGGCCUCCGGCAGCAGCGCAGAGAAGCCCCGCAAAGACCUCUUUGACAUGA